GUGGCCUGGCGCUGUCAUGGCGGCGCCCACAGCGGACGCUCCUCAAGACCCCCCCGGGACCCCCCAGGAUCCCCCCGGGACCCCCCAGGAUCCCCCCGGGACCCCUCAGGACGCGGCCCUGGAGGAGCUCGAGGCUUUCGAUUUCCCCCCCUACGAUCUGAGCCGCCCCCCCCUCCAACUUUGGGGGGCUCAGGAAGAAUUCGCCCGACGCCCCGAAAAUUUCCUGAGGGGCUGCAAAUGGGCCCCCGACGGCUCCUGCGUCCUCACCUGCAGCAACGACAACGCCCUGAGGAUCUUCGACCUCCCCCAAAUCCCCCCGGGACCCCCCCAGGGACAGCCCCUCCCCCAAAUGGCCCCGGCCGUGCUGGUGGCCGAAGGUGACACCGUCUACGACUUCACCUGGUACCCCCUGAUGGACUCCAACCACCCCCACACCUGCCUGGUGGCCGCCAGCUGCCGGGACCACCCCGUGCACCUCUGGGACGCCUUCGACGGGAGCCUGAGGGGGUCAUUCCGGGCCCACAACCACCUGGACGAGCCGGUGGCCCCCCACUCCUUGGCCUUCACCCCCGACGGCUCCCGGCUCCUGGGGGGCUUCGACGGCGCCGUCCGGGAAUUCCCAACGGAGCGGCCGGGCCGGAGCGGCCUCGAGCGGCCACUGAGGCACGCCGGGCAGGGCCAGCGGGGCCUGAUUGGCUGCCUGGCCUUCAGCCCCAGCCAAUCACUGCUGGCCUGUGGCUCCUAUGGGCGGAGCCUGGGGCUGUACCCACUGGAAGGGGGCGGGGCCGUGGUGCUCUGGCCCCGCCUCUCGGCCGCGCCCACUCACCUGCGCUUCAGCGCCUGCGGCACGCGGCUCUACGCCGGCGGGAGGAAGGACCGUCACAUCCUGUGCUGGGACCUGCGAGCCCCCGAGCGGCCACUGCUGGCCAUGAACAGGAGAGUGGAGACCAACCAGAGAGUGACCUUUGACCUGGAGCCGUCGGGGCGGUUUUUGGUCAGCGGUGACACCGACGGUUUUGUCACCGUGUGGGACACGCUGGCCCCGCCCGGGCCCGGGGACCCCCCCGAGCUGCCCCCCCUGCUUCGGUUCCGCGCCCUCCGCGACUGCGUCAACGGCACCAGCCUGCACCCCGGGCUGCCUCUGCUGGCCACGGCCUCGGGGCAGCGCCUGUUCCCGGCGCCGUGGGACAGCGACGGUGACAGCGACGGUGACAGCGACGGUGACAACCGGCCACCCCCGGGGGGGGACAUCCGGCUGCAGCUCUGGUGGUGGGGACCCCGCGGGGACACCGGGAACGGCGAUUGUCACCUCACCGGGGACACCGGGAACGGCGAUUGUCACCUCACCGGGGACACUGAGUGUCACCUCACCGGGGACACCGGGGACGGCGACUGUCACCUCACCGGGGACACCGGGGACGGCGACUGUCACCUCCCUGGGGACACCGGGAACGGCGAUUGUCACCUUUCCGGGGACACCGGGAACGGCGACUGUCACCUCCCUGGGGACACUGAGUGUCACCUCCCCGGGGACACCGAUUGUCACCUCCCCGGGGAUGCCGAUUGUCACCUCCCUGGGGACACCGGGAACGGCGACUGUCACCUCACCGGGGACACUGAGCGUCACCUCCCCGGGGACACCGAUUGUCACCUCACUGGGGACACCGGGAAUGGCGACUGUCACCUCCCUGGGGACACCGAUUGUCACCUCAUCGGGGACAACAGGAAUGGCAAUUGUCACCUCACCGGGGACACCGAUUGUCACCUCCCCGGGGACGCCGAUUGUCACCUCCCCGGGGACACCGGGAACGGCGAUUGUCACCUCCCCGGGAACGGUGAUUGUCACCUCCCUGAGGACAAC